AUGCCCCCUUUGCAACCCCCCAAAGAUGAGCUUCCGCGGGCAGCCCUAGCCGACAGCGAAUGCAACAAGUCCGAACAUGAAGUAAACGAUAAAGCAGUGGCGGAUCGCACCCUUGAGAUACUAGGAUACACCGCUGAGCUCAGCCGGAAUAGGUCCACCUGGAAUGUUGUUUUUAUGUGCUUCAUCCUAUCCUCUGUACCUUACGGGAUUUCAACCACCUUCACGUACCCGUUAGCAGGAGGAGGUCCUGCUAAUGUUAUCUGGGGCUGGAUUGCUGUGUGUCUGAUUAUUCUCUGCGUAGCUGCUUCGCUGGCCGAGAUCACCUCGGUUUUCCCCACGGCCGGUGGUGUCUACUACCAAACAUUUGUCUUGUCACCUCCCUGGUGCCGACAUAUCUUUGCCUGGAUCUGCGGCUGGGCUUAUACGACAGGCCAGAUAAUGAUCACACUGUCAGUCAAUUUCGCAACCACACAGUUUUUUAUCGCAAGUCUCAAUGUCUUUGAGAAGUCGCCCGGAGUCGGUAUCACCGACCAUUUCCAAGCAUAUCAUGUGUUCCUGAUCUUUCUGGCGAUUACCCUUGUAUGCCAUGCAAUCCCUGCAUUAGGCAACAAAUGGCUGCCCUUGCUAGAGCAAUUUGCAAUUUUCUGGACUAUAGCUGGCGUCAUUGCUAUCGUCGUCUGCAUCCUGGUCCUUGCGAAGGAGGGCAGACAUUCAGCCGACUGGGUCUUCACAAAUUUCGAGCCGCAGGCCGGCUGGCCUGCGGGCUGGUCAUUCUGCGUCGGUCUUUUGCAAGCCUCGUGGGCAACCUCAGCCACAGGAAUGAUCAUCUCAAUGUGUGAAGAGGUGCGUCAGCCUGCUGUUCAAGUACCCAAGGCUAUGGUUAGAACCGUAGCGAUCAAUAUGAUCGUCGGUCUAAUACUUUUGAUACCCAUCUGUUUUGUGUUGCCGGAUAUAAGUGCGCUGAUCGCCUCAGGCCAGCCAGUGCCGCCAACUUUGAAAUCAGCCACUGGUAGUUCCGUCGGUGCCUUUUGCUUGCUCAUCCCAUUGUUGGUACUUGGCCUAAUCUGUGGUAUUGGUUGUGCCACAGCCACAAGUCGAUGCACUUGGGCGUUUGCGCGAGACGGCGCAAUCCCCGGAUCCAAUUGGUUGAGAAUCGUCAACAAGCGCUUAGAUAUCCCACUAAAUGCUAUGGUGAUGGGCAUGGUUGUUGAGAUACUCUUGGGAUUAGUGUACUUUGGAUCUAACGCGGCAUUCAGUGCCUUCUCCGGUGUGGGUAUUAUUUUACUGACUCUCAGCUAUGGUUGCCCCGUGGCUGUAUCGCUGAUUAUACAACGCCGUCGGGAUAUCAAGCAUGGUAUUUUCUAUCUCGGUCAUCUCGGCAUCUUCUGCAACAUCGUUACUGUUGCGUGGACCCUCUUGGCCAUUCCCUUGUUCUGCAUGCCGACUUUCAAAUAUGUCACUGUCAACACAAUGAACUACGCAGCUGUUGGAUUCGUGGGCAUUGUACUUAUCUCAGCACUAUGGUACUGGGCUUGGGGAUAUGAAAACUAUGCUGGUCCACCUACUGACGGGUUGAAUCGUCACGAUGAGGAAUCUGAAUGA